AAGGACUUGUUGACAAUAUCGAAACUAUAGAAACAAAAUUAAAGAUAAUUACUUUAUUUCGUGAAAAUAACAAUUAUAUACCUCUAACCAGAAUACCUUCAUAUUAUUUUGCAAGAUUUAAAAGAGCAUUGGUUUAUAUAGACAAAUUG